AUGGCAGCUCCAGCAAGUGCUGAUAUCAAAAAGCUCGAGGGGAAAUGGGUCAUGAACAAGUCACUCUCGGAUGCAUUUGACGCUGUUCUCGCCCUGCAGGGCAUGGGCUGGCUGACGCGUAAAGCCCUUGGUGCAGCGACCGUAACCCAGCACCUCUACCAAACCACCAUAGACGGCGAAGACAACACGCCAACGACAGAAAUCAAGAUCGACCAACUUAUCACCGGCGGCAUCAAAGGCUCCACCGAGACCCGCAUUCUAGACUGGCACUACCGCGAGCACGUCGACCGGCUCUUCGGCACCGUCAAGGGACGGUCGCGCUACAUUGCUCUAGCCAAGGCAAUCGAAGAAGGAAAGGCUGCAGGUGUGAGCGAGGAAGAUGCAAAGUUCGUGGCAGAAGGGUGGUUGCAAGAGACAGAAGAAGGAGAUGUUGUGGAGAGCUUUGUGGAGAACGAGGCGAACAAAUGGACUGCGUGGCAGAUUUGGGGCUUCGCGGAUAUUGGGGGUGAGAGGAAGUUGACGAGGAAGUUUGUGGUUAGGAAGGUGGGGAGUGAUGAGGUUGUUAGGGUUAGGCUUGUAUAUGACUACACGGGCGCGUUGGAUCAGGCGGCUUAA